CCCCCCAGGUCCAUCGGUCGGCUACACGCGGCUAAUCAGGGGCGGGAACGGGAAUCGGAAAUGGCGUCAGUUGUUCGUCAGCGUAAGCAAAAUAAUGGUAAAAGAGAUCCGAAGAAGUUAGCUGGAAGAAAACUGUCAGCAAUUGGAAGGAAUGAAGAAAUUCCCUCAAAUCCGAAUCCAGCAGACAUAGGAAUUGUUUAUCCAAGCGGCGAUACAGCUUUCAAGGCAUUGUUGUCAGCUCGAUUUUGUGCAGCAAUGUGGAAUUCCAUUUCUGAUUGUGAUGAAACAUUUAAUUACUGGGAGCCAAGUCAUUAUUUGCUGUUUGGUAAGGGAUUCCAGACAUGGGAGUAUAGUCCAGAAUAUGCUCUUCGCUCAUAUACGUAUCUCUUGAUUCAUGUGGUCCCUGCCUGGCUAUACCAUCAGCUCCUCCAACCAAACAGAUUUCUUAUUUUCUACUUCUCUCGCUGUCUACUUGGUCUGCUGUGUGCUUUUUGUGAAGUCUAUUUCUACAAGAGUAUCUGUCGUGAGUUUGGAAUUCAGGUUGGUCGUCUAGCAUUGGCAUUUCUUGUGUUUAGUGCUGGAAUGUUCAUAUCCAGUACAGCUUUCCUGCCGUCAACAUUUUCCAUGUAUAUGUGCUUGGUGUCACUUGGAGCGUGGUAUCAAAGGAAGUAUGAACUUGCCAUAUUCACUACAGCACUGUCAUCAUUCCUCAGUUGGCCUUUUGCUGCAUUGAUAGGAGUUCCCAUAGCAGUUGACAUGCUUUUCCGAAGAAGGGAAAUUAUCAAAUUCUUCAACUGGAGUUUAAUAUCUGUAGCAGUUAUUCUUUUACCCAUGGUGAAAUUAGACUCCUCAUAUUUUGGCCAUUUGGUGGUGGCCCCAUUCAACAUAGUGUAUUACAAUGUAUUCACAUCCCACGGACCAGACUUGUAUGGCACUGAACCAUUCCAUUUCUACUUCAUUAAUUUGUUUCUCAAUUUCAAUUUGUUGUUUGUUGCUGCUAUAUUAACACCUCUCAUGUUGAUUAUUGUGGCAUGGCUGGUGCCUUCAAAACCACGUAAUCCUGCCUGUUUGCCUUAUUGGUUAUCCCUCAUGCCUCUCUACCUGUGGGGUACUGUGUUCUUUACUCAACCACACAAGGAGGAACGUUUCAUGUUCCCAGUGUACCCUCUGAUCUGUUUGUGUGGUGCUAUCACAGUGGAUUCCAUUCAGAAAUUGUGGUUCCGUUUUUGUAUACGAGACGUGGAAAGAGGAACUCAUUACUUGACUCACACCGCCCCAAUUAUGGUAGUGGCAGUUCUUGUCUGUUCUCUGCUGAGUGUUUCAAGGAUACUUGCUCUCUAUAUUGGUUAUCAUGCACCCUUGGAUUUAUUUAUGGAGCUGAAUCAUUUGACUACAGAGAGGCACUUGCCAACAGAACAAACUGUUAACAUAUGUAUCGGCAAAGAAUGGUAUCGUUUCCCGUCAAGUUUCUUUCUGCCUGAUAAUAGGUGGCAGUUGCAAUUUCUGAAAUCUGAGUUUCGUGGGCAGUUACCACAACCAUACAGCUCUCUGCCAAAUGCAACAUCAAUUAUACCUCCAUAUAUGAACAAUGAAAACAGGGAAGAGACCAGUAGAUACUUCGAUAUAGAGCGCUGCCAUUUCCUAGUGGACCUGGAUUUAGGUGUAACUACUGAUUUUGAGCCCAACUAUGCCCAACAGACUGACCAAUGGACCAUAAUUAAAUCAAUUCCAUUCCUAGAUGCAGCAAGGUCUCACAGAUUUUUCCGAGCUUUCUACAUUCCAGGUGUUUCAAGCAAGUUUUGCACCUAUGCUCCAUAUAAUCUUCUCCAAUCAACCAGAUUUAAGUGGGGGAAGAAGGAAGUCCCUUUACCAACAAGAUAGGUGAGGUCUUAUUUAAUUUCACUUACAUGAGAAACAAGAAUGAUGCAAAAAAAAAAUUGAGUGGUAAAUUUGGAAUAUUGGAAAAAAAUAGAUUUAACAAUCUGUUGUGAACAGUGUUUGUGGUUUUUUGUCAGCCUGCCUCACAUUUGUUAUAAUAAGCAUUCAAUCAAUGAAAUUGUGUUGCUCAUCAGCAUAUAUGUUUUACACAAAGACCACGUCACAGUGGUUGUGAACAAAUUCGGUACCAGAAUUUUAUUUGUGUGAACUAAAGUUAUUUUCUGCAGCUGUCACAGAAUUCAUUAUUCAUUUUCUGCAGGAUUUGUAAAGCACAAUGAGCCAGGUGAUUCAUUGAGUAUGUGUCCAUCUUGUGUUGGAUAUGUGAAAAUUUAGUUCAGGUUCUAAUAAGCAUUCUGCUGCAUUGAUUACUUAAUUUAUUUUUA